AUGUUUUCCUUUGCCAGAUACCUCGGCCAUGUACACCCGAAGUGUAGUACUAGUGCAUUUGGAGUGCAGCACCUGCGUAAACUUUCAACAGCCCGUUUCCUUGCCAACCGGCCCACAGAGGAGAUAGCCAUUCCAGUGCCCUACGGGCAACUGGCUGCAAAAGUUUGGCCCGCCCAGAGGGCUGUCAAACCCAAGAAGAACCUUCUCUGCCUGCAUGGGGGUCAAGACAAUGCGGGGAGCUUCGAUCCAUUGCUUGAAAAGCUGGAUGGUGAGUGGCAGGCCGUGGCGUUAGAUUUUACAGGCCACGGUCUGUCGUCACAUCUGCCGAGGGGAUGCAUCUACACCAUGACGCACUUGAUGUUGGAUAUUGCUCGUGCGGUUCACUUCCUUGGCUGGAACCAGUUCAACUUGCUGGGCCACAGUAUAGGAGCCCUUGUCGGACACAGAUAUGCCAGCAUAUUUCCUGAAAAGGUGUCAAAACUAAUUCUUGUGGAGGGUUUUGGAGAAAUCUAUGAAGCUAGAAGCCAACUUUUGGACACAAUGAGGGCUACAUUGCUGUCUUUCCUGCGUCUUGAAAAGAAGGACUUCAGUGAGCAACCAACUUAUACUGAAGAAGAGGUCACGGCUCUCUACGCCAAAAUGCCUUGGGGAUGCAUUCGUGCUGACGAUGUGAAGGUUCUGAUGAAACGGGGCUGUAAGCUCCAGGAUGAUGGUCGUUAUGUCUUUGCCAGGGAUUUUCGGCUUAAGGCAUUUUACUGGGACAAGGUUGACAGAGCUGCCCUCGACCCGUGGUGGAAGUCCUAUAAGAACGACAUUCUUGUUUUGGAUGCCGUGCCUGGUUUUGGCAGCUGUUCGAUCCAUAAUGGCAGAAUGAUAAAUACGUUGAAGGAACAAUGCCGCACUUUUCAGAUGGCAGUGCUGGAUGGCGAUCACCACAUUCACAUGAAUCAGCCAGAGCUGGUAGCCAGCUACAUAAAACCCUUUUUACAAGAUCUUCGGGGCAGCAGAAAUCAGACAUGGUUUGUGUAAUGAACUGUGCCAUGUUUUUUUUUUUUUUUUCCCCGCAGCAGCUUUGUUGAACUGUGUUGCGAAGUGUCGUAGGUGCCAUGGGAAGGGUUAAAGGGAAGUGAUUGGAUUUAUGGUGGUACUGUGUAAAAAGAAAAAAAAAGGAAGAAUCAGGUGUGAAACUUGCUCAGAUGAGUAGGUGGUCCAGGAUGUGCAUCUUACAUUAAUCAAAGAUGAUGAAUGAUAACUCAUAUUUAAGUGCCUGGACGUUGUUUAUGCGCAAUAUGUUUUAACAGCGGAGCUGUUUAAGCCGGGCAUAAU